AUGACACCAGGAGUCACCGUCAACCGCACUGAUGAUAUCCAUCCAUGUUAUGAAAUAGAUACGGUCUCUUACAUACUGAUAAGAAAACCUUCCACAGUAUGUGUUUUAUUAUAUAUUAUCUUUGGCUCAUUAUCUGUUGUAACUGUAUGUGGAAACCUUCUUGUUAUAAUCUCCAUCAUUUACUUUAAACAGCUCCACACUCCCACAAACUGUCUCAUCCUCUCUCUGGCUGUGGCUGACAUGCUUGUGGGAAUUGUAGUCAUUCCUACCAACAUGAAAUUCACUUUGAGCACUUGUCUGUAUUAUGAAGAUUUCAUUUGCAAAGUACGAUUAUUCUUUGAUAUAACACUGGUCAAUGCUUCUAUUAUGAACCUAUUUUGCAUUUCCAUUGACAGAUAUUACGCAGUGUGUCAACCUCUGGCAUAUAGAACUAAGACAAAUGUUCAUGUUGUGGUCAUGAUCCUGGCAAGCUGGAGUGUCUCUAUUCUACUUGCCAUUUGCUUUGUAAUUGCAGAGAUAGACCAUGAAAAAUGUAAAGAAGUGUGUUUCCGGGAGAUUGCAAAAAUUUUGGGACCCAUUUUAAAUUUCUAUCUCCCAGUGAUCAUAAUGCUCUGUAUCUACUUUAAGAUUUUCCUUGCUGCACAGAGACAGGUGCGCAGCAUCCAGAGCACAACCUGUCACAGCACCAACCCUGGAGAUGCUGUCAGUAAGAUGGAGAGAAAGGCCACAAAAACUCUGGCUAUUGUUAUGGGAGUUUUUCUGAUGUGUUGUCUUCCUUUCUUCCUCUGUUUUACCUUUGAGCUUUUGAAUCAUGUGUCAGUGCCAGUAAAAGUGUUUGAAACUCUUAACUGGCUUGCACUGUCCAAUUCGGUGCUGAAUCAAUUUAUCUAUGCUUUCUUUUACAGCUGGUUCAGAUCAUCUUUCAGAAUGAUUAUUUCUGGGAAAAUAUUUGAAGGUGAUUUUGUUAAUGCAAAACUUUUUUAA